AUGAUAGCCCCACUGUUACAUCCAUCUCACCGUGGUCCCAUGAGCUCCAUUAGAAUGCUGGGCCAUAUUAGACCGCUCACUCGGCAUGUCUCCGUGCGCUCCUCCGCGCUCAGGAGCUUCUCAAAGACCUGUCGACCCCCGCCCUCACUUACACGGUAUACCUCACGCCCAGUAUCUCUAAUCCGAUGCCCACAGCCCUCCCGUCUAGCUACAAUCCUCGUGAUCCCCGACUCGAAAUCCCCACCAGCUCCUGAGGUAUACACUCCUCCCACCACUGGCAUUCUUUCCUACCUCCCUUCCUCCGUUGUCCCCUAUGCCGAACUCGUCCGAAUCGACAAGCCCACGGGCACAAUCUAUCUCUUCCUCCCAUGCAUGUGGUCCACCAUUCUUGCCUCCACAAUGGUUGAUCCGGUCCAUCCUCUUACCUCCGUGGCCUAUACCACUCUUUUAUUCGGUACCGGCGCCAUCAUCAUGCGCGGCGCCGGCUGUGCAAUCAACGACCUAUGGGACCGCAAUAUCGAUCCCAAGGUCACAAGAACAAAGUUCCGACCCAUUGCCCGAGGUGCUAUAACGCCCGCAGCAGCACUGGCAUUUACAGCGUCGCAGUGUCUAGCAGGGCUAGCUGUGUUAGUACAGUUCCCUGUUGAGACCAUCGUGUAUGGGAUUCCAUCGCUGGUGCUGGUUGGGUGCUAUCCACUCAUGAAAAGGAUCACGCAUUACCCCCAGUUUGUGCUUGGGCUAUCAUUUUCUUGGGGAGCAAUCCUGGGAUUUCCGGCGAUGGGGUUGAGCCUGAUGGAACCCACCGUUGCUAUGACGGCUGGGCUGCUGUAUGCGAGCAAUGUGGCCUGGACAGUGCUCUAUGAUACAAUAUAUGCGCACCAAGAUGUAAAGGAUGAUCUCAAGGCCGGAGUGAAGAGCAUUGCCGUCAAGCAUGAGUCACACACUAAGUACCUCAUGGCUGGGUUAGGUGUAGUCCAGAUUGGACUGUUAGCAGGGGCUGGCGCAGUGAGUGGAUGUGGACCCAUCUUCUUUGGGCUGAGUUGUGGUGGCGCUGCGGCAGGCUUGGGGUAUAUGAUUAGGAAGGCCAAUUUGAAGGAUGUGAAGGAGUGUUGGUGGUGGUUCAAGUGGUGCGCAUGGGCUGUUGGUGGAGUUGCCGUAGGUGGUGGGUUGUUUGGGGAGUAUCUGGCAGUGAGGACAGGAAUAUAUGGUGAGGAAGGCUGGUGGGGCAUGGGAGGGAGGAGGCAAAGGGUGCUCGGAAUAAACACUGGAGAGGGUAUUCUCAUGAUUAGGGAGUAA